CUUGAAGUAAAGAAACGAAACACAAGGCUUGGAGUUGAGACUUUUUGCAUCUUAAAACAAAUAACAAUUUGAAAAGUGAUAAUUAUCUGAUUUUCCUGUCCAAGACUGUAUUUUCCUUCGACUACGAAUAGAAAGACCUCUCCCCUCCUUGCGCAAUUUGCGUCCAUGAAAACCAUCAAUCCACCUUCAAUAUCCUACAUACAUACCCGACGAAAACAAGAUGCCUCCACGAAUGCAAGGCUAUGGGGGUGCCCCGAAUAGUAUGGCAUCUCAUUAUCAACAAUACCCACCACAUACACAACCACAUACUGCAGGACUGCCUCCGCCAGGCUCGAUCGGAAAUCAAUUUAUGAGUGCCAACUCCAUGAGCAAUGCUUUUGCGAAUGGAGCUAAUAUGGGUAUACCGGGAGGAUUUUCCGCACCUGGCCUUCCUCUGCAAGGUGGUGGGCUAGCAAGCCAAGCUGCACAAAUGAGUUUUGCUGCGGCACCUUUACAACAACAAGGGCACAACGGAAUGGCAGAUUCAGGGACGCGGGGUAUGCGUGACAAGGGUAGAAUACGAGAUGUUUGGAAGGGAAACCUACACGAGGAGAUGGCGAUUCUGCGGCAGUUGGUGGAUAAAUACCCUUAUAUUUCUAUGGUGAGCUAUCUUGUUGGCCAUGGUUGACGCCAGAGUUAACAUUGCUAGGACGCGAAAUUUCCUGGGAUCGUUGCUCGACCAAUGGGAUCUUUUAACGGCAGGGGAGAUUAUCACUAUCAAUGCUUACGAUGCAACGUAGAUCUAUUGAAACUUAUACAGCUGGGCAUAACUUUAUUUUCCGAAGAUGGAGAAUCAUUACCUGCGACCCCUUACUCCGACUCGGGCUUGGAUCGAAACUCAGCAGGACGAAGAAUAGGCAACGGCGUGGUACAGGUGCCUUGUACAUGGCAGUUCAAUUUUAAGUUUUCUCUUUCGGACGAUAUGUAUGCAGAAAAGGGUAUUGACGAAAGAAAGGCUGCCGGUACAGAUUUCAGCAGAUUAAAGGAGGAAGGCAUCGAUCCAUUUGAGUUUGGCGCGGUACUCAUUAGUUCUGGACUUGUAUGUGAUGAGGAGAAACGUUGGAUCUCAGGGCACGCGGGCUACGAUUUUGGAUAUCUUACAAAAAUCAUGCUGCAAAGGGCAUUACCGGAUGACGAACGAGAGUUCGAUAUGCUUAUGAAAAAGUUCUUUCCAAGUGUAUAUGAUAUCAAGUAUCUCAUGCAACAAGGAACCAUUAUGAACAAAUUAGGCCAACUUUCGCACGUCGAUGCCGUCACCGCAGAACUUCUCCAACGUAACGAGCGACACCCUAACCUCGAAGCCAUGAUCGACGUUCUCAAAGUAAAACGCUUAGGUGCAAUUCACCAGGCUGGCUCCGACUCCCUCGUCAACGGUCGGGUCUUCUUCAAACUCCGCGAACGUCUUUUUGACGGUGAAAUCGGAGACGAGCACCUUGGUCGCGUCUUUGGUAUCAACCUACAAGAAGCAAACACGGCGGCUACCACGCAACAGACUACACCGCAACAUUACAAUCAAUACCAAGAAAACACAACCCCGAAUCAAAACGGUUCAGGCUCAUCUUUUGCCAAUGGUGCACCCAGUACCCCAAAUAACGGAAAUGCUAAUUUAGCAACCACGCCUGCGCAUAAUAAUAAUGGAGGAAAUGGUUUAGGUCCACUAACACCAAGUAAUGGCGGUGGUUCCUUUGGCCAUUUUCAAUAUGCAAAUAAACAGUAAAUAGGAUUUUGCCAUCAUAACAGCACUCGGUAUUGUUUAGCUACGCUAUAGGCCGGGAGGAAGAAUUUUAAAAAUAAAUUACCAUUCCUUGGUUUUCGUCGGUCGUUGGCAUCUGGAGGGUCUGAAUGGAGUUCAACGGAGAGGGGCGCUUUGGCUGAAUUGAAUCGAAUCGAAUUGAAUUGAAUUGUGCGUGUAACUUACUUGACGCAGUAGCAAGGGAUCCUGAACGUUACCUGAGUCUUGACUCUUACCAUGGAAUAAAUAUUUGUACAGUGGUGAACUGGUCUUGGUGAAUCAUGAUUCAUGAAGGUGAAACUGUAUGUUUGGUUGUUUGGUGAUGGGGAUGGGGAUGGGAGAUUUGUACAUUAUGAAUUCUGAGG